AUGACGUCGAUGGAGCAUAAUGAGACCAGCACCAAAUCGCUAAACGAUAUAUCUCUAGAGGAGUUGAGUAAGAGGCAGCAGCAGCAGAAUAUAUACGUGCAACCGGUUUUGGGGUCGCAGACGGACGAUAACCGCAUGAGCAUCGACAAGCAGAGCGACGGAAACACAGGGGACGAAGAAAUGGGCCUGGUAGCCAGAGGAGGUCCAGGAGACACGAGAGAUGAUAAUAAUGGGGGAAUGGGGACUACAGAAAGCUCGAAUACGCUGUCGCAGACCGACUUGACGAAGAAACCGUCGAGACAUGGCGACCGUGAUACAACGACCAAAGGCAAGUACACGUUGAAUGACUUCCAGAUCUUGCGGACGUUGGGUACAGGGUCGUUUGGCCGGGUGCACUUGACACGGUCGAUCCAUAACGGACGUUUCUACGCCAUGAAGACGUUGAAGAAGGAACGGGUGGUAAACAUGAAGCAAGUGGAGCAUACCAACGACGAGAGACGCAUGUUAAAGCUCGCGCAGCACCCGUUCAUCAUCAGAAUGUGGGGCACUUUCCAAGAUUGCCAUAAUUUGUUCAUGAUCAUGGACUAUAUAGAAGGGGGCGAGUUGUUCUCGCUCUUGAGAAAGUCCCAGAGGUUCCCGACCCCAGUGGCCAAGUUCUACGCCGCCGAAGUGUUUUUGGCCAUCGAAUACUUGCACGAGUUGGAUAUUAUCUACCGUGACUUGAAGCCCGAAAACAUCUUGUUGGACAAGAAUGGGCAUAUCAAGUUGACUGACUUUGGGUUUGCAAAAGAAGUCAGCGACGUCACAUACACGUUAUGCGGAACCCCCGAUUACAUAGCCCCAGAAGUGGUUGCAACUAAACCUUACAAUAAAUCGGUGGACUGGUGGUCGUUUGGGAUCUUGAUCUUUGAAAUGCUCACUGGUUACACGCCAUUUUACGACCCAACCCCAAUGAAAACUUAUGAAAAUAUAUUAAAUGGUACAAUCACCUAUCCUGAUUAUUUGCCGCCGGAUAUUUUGGAUUUACUCCAAAAAUUGAUCGUUAAGGAUUUGUCCCAAAGACUAGGUAACUUGCAGGAUGGUUCUGAUGGAAUAAAGAACCACCCAUGGUUUAAGGAAGUUAUCUGGGAAAGAUUACUUUCGAGAGACAUAGAGACCCCUUAUGAACCCCCAAUUACAUCGGGUAUUGGUGAUACUUCUCAAUUCGAUAGGUAUCCUGAAGAUAAAGAUUUGGAUUACGGUAUCAGUGGUGUUUCUGAUCCAUAUGGUUCCAUGUUUGGGGACUUCUAA